AUGUACAAAGUAAGGGCCAAAAUAUACAAGGAAAUGGCCAAAAUAUACAAAGAAAGGGCCAAAAUAUACAAAGAAAGGGCCAAAACGUACAAAAAAGGUUCCAAAAUGUACAAAGAAGGGGCCAAAAUUGAAGAAUAUACGAAAAAUGUAGGGAAAAUAUACGAAAAAUGUAGGAAAAAUAUACGAAACAUACACAAAACAUACACGAAACAUAACGAAAGAUGUGUGAAACAAGUACCGAAGGUAAGUGAUCACAACAAUAAUAUAGUCAUACAAAAAUAUAUGUCGCAGGUUCUGGUAGCCGUGUAG